CGUGGCCACGCCCCCUCCGCCGCGCCGGGCCGGGCCGGGGGCCAUAAAGCGGUGCCCGGGGCCCUGAGUGGCUUCGGUCCGGUACCGCAACUCAGCUGUGCCAUGGCCGCGGCCCAGCGCUGGGUUCCGUUUGGGUUGGGUCUGGCCGGGGCGGCUUUUGCCCUCCUGGGGGUGUCCCUGCUGGUGGUAGGGCCUCUCAUCAUCAAGGAGCAGGUCGUCAAGAAUGUGAGGAUCGACCCCAACAGCAUCUCCUUCAGCAUGUGGAAGGACAUUCCUGUCCCUUUCUACAUGUCAGUGUACUUCUUUGAAGUGCUGAACCCCAAGGAAGUUCUCAAGGGAUUGAAGCCAGUGCUGAGCCAGCGUGGCCCCUACGUUUACAGAGAGUUCAGGUAUAAAACAAAUAUCACAUUUCAUGACAAUGACACAGUCUCCUUCCUGGAGUACCGGAGGUUCUUCUUCCAGCCACACAUGUCCAAUGGCAGUGAAGAAGAGUACAUUGUUGUGCCAAACAUUUUGAUGAUGGGAGCUGCUGUGAUGAUAGAUCACCUGCCAAGCUUCCUGAAACUUUUAGUAAGUGGAGCCCUGGCUGGCCUGAAACAGGAGGCAUUCAUGAACCGGACAGUGGGGGAGAUCAUGUGGGGGUAUGAUGACCCUCUUAUAGACACAAUAAAUACAUUUGUUCCUGGCCUGCUGCCUUUUGAGGGGAAAUUUGGCAUAUUUCUACAGAUGAACGACUCCAAUUCAGGGCUGUUCACAGUGGACACAGGCAUGAAGAACAUCAGUAAUGUCCACAUGGUGGACUCAUGGAAUGGGCUGAAGAAGGUAAACUACUGGCGGAGCGAUGGGUGCAACAUGAUCAAUGGGACCCCAGGGGAGAUGUGGCCACCAUUCAUGUCCCCAACAUCUCUGGAGUUCUACAGCCCUGAUGCCUGCAGAUCCAUGACACUGGUGUACGAGCAGUCUGGAAACUUCAAGGGUGUGCCCACCUAUCGCUUUGUGGCGCCAAAAACUCUUUUUGCCAAUGGCACAGAUUAUUCACCCAAUGAAGGCUUCUGCCCCUGCAUGCAGUCUGGGAUCCAGAACGUCAGUACCUGUAGGAUGAAUGCUCCAAUGUUCAUUUCCCAUCCUCACUUCUACAAUGCUGACCCAGCCCUGCUGGACACUGUUGAAGGCCUUCACCCCAGCAAGGAGCAGCACGCACUCUUCCUCGAUGUGCACCCGAUGACUGGCAUCCCCAUGAAUUGCUCCAUCAAGCUCCAGCUGAACCUGUACAUAAAGCAGGUGUCUGGUAUCAUUCAAACAGGGAAGAUUAAGCCAGUGGUCCUGCCAUUGCUGUGGUUUGAAGAGAGUGGAUCCAUUGAAGGCUCAGUCCUAAAGCAGUUUUACACCAACCUGGUGCUGAUCCCAUCCCUCCUGGAUUACCUGCAGUAUGUCUUCCUUGGGCUGAGCAUCCCCUUCUUUAUCACAGCAGCUGUGCUCGUGCUAAGGAGACAGAGAACCACCACCCAGAAGAGCCCAGGCCACUCCACCACGCAGAGCAAAACAAAACCAUCCCCCUCCUCCGAGACGACUCCGCUGCUCCAGGACGCUGCCGCGCUGAGCCAGGACGAUGCCGACGCCUGAGCUGCUGGCCCUGGCACCCUUCCCACCAGGACACGUCCGUGCUGAGGACGAGCCCUGCUUGGGAUUCCCAUGGGGGCCUCUGGAAGGUGAAGUUGCCCUGGGCAGCUCAGUGGAGACCCCACACGCCACGGCAAAGCCACAGGCCAGCACUGCCCCGGCACUCUUGCACCGGGGCACAGAAGACCUCAUCCAGACACCCAAAACAGAGUUGAAGAAUCCUUGUCCCCAGGGGGACAGUGUUUGCCACAGCCCCUCUCUCCUCAUGGGCCAGUGGGAAUGAAGAUGGUCGCUGACUGAUUUGAAAAGUUAUUUUGCAAUUUGAAACUGCCUAUUGCUAGGAAUAAAAGGCGUUUUAACCAGAGCGUUUAAAAUAAAUGAGGUUUGUGUACAUAGCA